AUGAAGUUUAAACGGAAGAAGCAGAUAGAAGAACACCCGCCAAUAGGAUACGAUCUAGCCACAAAGAACACUGAAUUAAAAGAAGAAAUAAAAGACCUGAAAGAACGACAAAACACUCUCUUACAGGAAUCACUAAAACACCAAUAUUUACGGUACAAAAUGCAGUCUGACUCUGAAAGAAUUCUUACAGAGCAAAGAACUCUUUUAUUAGAGAUCAUACAGAAGAUAGAGCAGGGCUUGGCUUUGUUAAAAGAAGAGGAGGCCAAGUCCAUAAACAAAAAGGCACGGCAGCCAUUUAAAGAAAAUCCAAAACAAAAGAAUAAACUGUAUACAGAAUAA